AUGCUCAGAGAAAACGAAGAAGUCAUUGCUCAUCUGGGCCAUGAGCCUCCUAUCUCUGUUCAAAAGGCGCAUCAGCUUUGUCAAUUUCACCAGAUUAUGUUAAACAGGAACCUCGAAAGGAAUGGCCUCGAGCGCGGCUGUGAUACCGCAGGUUUCCCAAUUGAAAACAGGUUCAGGCUGGUAUGGCAUAAAGAUGAAUGGGAGAAAGUACUCAGACUCUUUAGAGGGUCGGUUUUUAGCCUGAGAGACCUUUGUGCCGAUAUCAGGAUGCAUACACAGUUACGAAACAUGACAGCGGCUAUGUCUCGACUAGACCAGGAAUUUGCAGGUGCUCCCUCGGCAAAGGAUUUAGUUGACCUUCAAGGAGACGACUUUUUUGUUAUUGCAUACAUACAAGCACACAAUCUGUCAGAUUAUCCACAUCUUCCCCGCCACCGCAGAGCUGUACCAGCAACUCUGAAGCUAGAUACUGGCGCAAGUAUUGACCAUGUUUCUGAAAGCUUUUUAUUGGAUGUACUGAGCCUAAAGAAACAAUGCUUUCUUCCUAUCCCAGAACAUGAACAGGAACCAGUUACAGGGUUUGAUGGGACUCAGUUUACACCAAGGUAUCGUAUAGAGCUUCAGUGGUCACGAGAGCUGAACAAGGGGAUGAGGAGUCAUAUGUUCUUAGUUGUCCCAAAUUGUCCUUGCGACGUGGUUUUGGGAGCACGAAAUUUCCUUCAGCAAGCUACUGGCCUUACCAGAAGAAUCCAAAUUGCUGCAGGCAGACGAUUAAAUGAGUCAGAACAACAGCGUCGGGAUGAAGUCAUUAAUGCAGAGCGGGAAAGAGAGCGUGCCAGGUUUGAAGCAGCAAAGGCAAAGCGUGCACAGAGAUCAUGGACUAGGCGAUCAUCGACAUCUCGUGAGGAGGAUUUAGAGAUGCAACCGCAGGGUGGGCCAAGCUCGGCUUCUGCAGAGGGAAAUCUUGUAGAUACUUCUUAG